CACACACACUCACACACACACACACAGGGAGCUGGAGGAUCUUGUUUCCACUUGGGUGAUUUUUGUCGUCGUAUCAGAAGAACGAGGGAGAAGGAGAAGAGAGAGAUACGUAAACCAUUACCAGAUAACCAGGAAACGAUGGAUUCUGAAGAAAAUCUGCUCAGUGUUUUACUGUUGCUGCUGCUCAUCACAUCACACUUCACCAUGGUGGGGCCCUCAGCCCCCGAGGACGGCUGGCAGGUGUACAGCUCGGCUCAGGACUCGGACGGCCGAUGUGUGUGUACGGUGGUCGCCCCGCAGCCGACCGUUUGUUCCAGAGACGCUCGAAGCAAACAGCUUCAACAUCUGCUCGAAAAGGUUAACAACAUGAGUCAGUCCAUCGAGCUGCUGCAGCAGCGAACUCACAGAGACGUUCAGUUUGUGGAGAAAAUGGAAAUUGAGCUGAAAGGUCUGGAAAACAAAUUCAAGGAAGUGGAGGACGGACACGAGGUCGACACCGCCCGACAGUUCAAGUCCAUCAGGUCAAAGAUGGAGGAGCUCCGUCCUCUGAUUCAGGUGCUGGAGUCGUAUAAAGCUGAUGUUCUGCUGGUCGCUCAGUUUAAGGAUGAGGCAGCAAAUGUGACGAAGCAGUUGGAGUCUCUUCAGGAGACACUGAGCGGACUCGACUAUCAGGAGCUGCAGAGCAGAGUCAUGAACCUGGAGGACCGGCUCAGAGCCUGCAUGCAGAGACUGGCUUGUGGGAAACUAACAGGAGUCUCUGAGCCAAUUACCAUCAAGACAUCAGGCUCCAGGUUUGGAUCAUGGAUGACUGACCCACUGGCUCCUACUGGAGACAACAGAGUGUGGUAUAUGGAUGGUUACCAUAACAACCGCUUUGUUAGGGAGUAUCAGUCGAUGUAUGACUUCAUGACGACCGAUAACUUCACCUCUCACCGUCUGCCUCAUCCCUGGUCUGGGACCGGUCAGGUGGUUUUUAACGGAUCCAUUUACUUCAACAAGUUCCAGAGUCACACCAUAAUCAAGUUUGACUUCAGGACGUCACUAAUCAGCCGCUCUCGACAGCUCGACUUUGCCGGCUACAACAACAUGUACCAUUAUUCUUGGGGGGGGCAUUCGGAUAUUGACCUCAUGGUAGAUGAGGGCGGGCUGUGGGCCGUCUAUGCCACCAAUCAGAAUGCUGGAAACAUUGUUCUCAGUCAGUUAAACCCAAAUACUCUGCAAAUUAUCCGCAGCUGGACCACUAACCACCCGAAACGCAGUGCUGGUGAGGCUUUCAUGAUAUGUGGAACCCUGUAUGUUACUAAUGGUUAUUCUGGUGGAACCAAAGUGUACUAUGCAUAUUCCACUAACUCAUCAACGUACGAGUACAUCGACAUUCCCCUGACUAAUAAGUACAGUCACCUUUCCAUGCUUGACUACAACCCCCGAGACAGAGCACUGUAUGCCUGGAACAAUGGUCACCAAGUCCUUUAUAACGUGACACUUUACCACAUUAUACAGUAAAAAUAAGUAUGUGUGACAAUGAAAAUCACUUUAGUUCACUAUAAUAUAACACCCUGUCACAUCAUACAUCGAGAUUAAUGAGUAAAUUAAUCUUAUACUGAAGAGAGGUUCAGAGGUUGAUGAGUCUCUCUCGAAAAACUGAAAAUGAAUUAAGUCUAAUCCUCACAACUACUUUUAUUUCCUGAAGAAACGAGUCAGAAACAAUGGUUUUAGUUUGAGUAAUUACAGAUUAUUUUUCCUGUCACUGCGGACUGUGGUUCUUCAACUAAAUGCUGUUUAAAUGACAUGUCAUAAAUCAAUGUGUUGGAUUAUGUUUGGCUUAGUUUAGUUAGAUAAAUUAGUGUUAGAGGACUCAAGUUUACUUUUCUUUUUGUCGUCUUUGUGAGAAUUUAGACUCAACUCAUCACAUCUGGCCUACAGCUUGUUGACUGUUAACUUAGAUUAUUGAUGUCGUUUCAAAAUGAAUUUAGGGGUAAACUUUGGUCAGUUGAUGUUUUUUAAGUAUAAAGAUGAAAUUUUACACACAAAUGCACUAAAUACUAACCCCAAACCUAGCCCACGAAUACAAAAUCACAUACAAGAAAUCUUUGUCUGUAAGAGAAUAAAGAGUUUUAAGUAUUUGAUGUAUUAUUCUACAGAGUGAUUUUUUAAUGAUAUUUAGAUGUUUGUAAUUUUCUUUAAUGCAACAUUUUCUCACUUUUGGAAAACAAGCCAGAGUUACACUUAACCAAUAACUAUGACUUUGUAUUAUUGUUGUGUGUUUUACAGCAAUAAAAGUCUUCAUUACUGUCUCUCUCUCAA